GGCCUGGAAGACCCUUCCCUGGAGAGACACUUCAAAGGCCACAGAGAUGCUGUCACUAGUGUGGACUUCAGUCUCAAUAAGAAACAACUGGCAAGUGGCUCAAUGGAUUCAUGCCUGAUGAUCUGGAGUAUGAGGCCUCAGAUGAGAGCCUAUCGCUUUGUGGGCCACAAAGAUGCUGUGAUGUGUGUUCAGUUUUCCCCUUCUGGUCACCUGGUGGCUUCAGGCUCUAGAGACAAAACAGUCCGUUUAUGGGUUCCCAGUGUCAAAGGAGAAUCUACUGUGUUCAAGGCUCAUACGGGAACUGUAAGAAGUGUUCAUUUCUCCAAUGAUGGCCAGUCCUUAGUUACAGCUUCUGAUGAUAAAACAAUCAAAGUGUGGAUGGUUCACAGACAGAAGUUUCUCUUCUCACUUAGUCAACACAUAAACUGGGUUCGCUGUGCCAGAUUUUCUCCUGAUGGACGAUUGAUAGUGUCAGCCAGUGAUGAUAAAACUGUCAAACUGUGGGAUAAAACCAGCAGAGAAUGUAUACACUCCUUCUGUGAGCAUGGGGGGUUUGUGAAUCAUGUGGAUUUUCAUCCCAGUGGUACAUGCAUCGCUGCAGCUGGUACAGAUAACACAGUGAAGGUGUGGGACGUUAGGAUGAAUAGACUUCUUCAACAUUAUCAAGUGCACAGUGCUGUGGUAAACGGUCUUUCCUUUCAUCCCUCUGGAAACUAUCUCGUUACUGCUUCCAAUGAUUCAACCCUUAAAAUUCUGGACUUGCUAGAAGGAAGACUUCUGUAUACUCUUCAUGGUCACCAGGGGCCAGCUACCUGUGUAGCAUUUUCAAGAGCUGGAGAUUUAUUUGCAUCUGGAGGAUCUGACGAACAGGUGAUGGUGUGGAAGACCAACUUUGAUGCAGCAGAUUAUGGUGAUGUACUGAAAACACAGAAGUCUGUCACUAGUGUUGAUGGGACCCAUCACACUCUGCAAUCAGAGAUGGAUUGUGGUGUUCAUCUUAAGAAAACAAAACCUCAGGAUUCUGAUAGGAACCAUGCACAGCAAGAGGAGGAGACCAGUCUCGCAAAUACCUUGGAGCAUAUUAUGGGACAGCUGGAUGUUCUAACUCAGACAGUUUCCAUCCUGGAGCAGAGACUGACGCUCACUGAAGACAAGCUAAAGGAAUGUCUUGAGAAUCAGCAGAAAAUCAUUCAGAACAAAAUGAGCUGAUUUCCUGAGAGAAGACAGGAGCUGAAGGCGUUGGGAGGUUUGAGGUUGUUUGUGUUCCUAACAGACUGCGUGUGUCUUGCUUUAAUGAUUUUAAGCACAAUCUAUUUUUCAAUUGGAAUGUACAGUUAUUGUAUCUGUAAAUAAGCUUUGUUACUUUACUAAAAUAAAAAUAAUAUUUUAUUCAUAA